AUGACCAACUAUGGUGACUCUGGAGAGUAUUUUGACAACUAUCAAAGAGCCCAAUUAAAGGCAAUUUUGUCUCAGGUGAACCCCAACCUCACCCCGAGGCUGAGGAAGGCAAACACCAGAGAUGUGGGGAUUCAAGUGAACCCCAGACAGGAUGCAUCUGUUCAGUGCUCAUUGGGUCCAAGAACUCUUCUCAGGAGGAGAGUUGGAACUGUGAGAAAGCCUCAGCUAAGCCCUGAAGAUCAAGGAAGUCCUGCAUCUCCAACCAAGACUGUGCGCUUCCCCAGAACAAUUGCUGUGUAUUCACCUGUGGCUGCUGGAAGACUUGCCACUUUCCAGGAGGCAGAAGAAGAAUCUGAAAAUAAGGCUGAAGAUGACUUGACAAAAGAAGCCACUGAGAAUGAGAACAAAGCGGUCAGCGAUAUAGAUGGUGGGACCAAAGAAGAGCCUAAAGAGGACAAAAGUGAGAGCCAGCUGACUACUCCAUCUCCUGGGCAGACAAGACUGAGAUUCCAGGAGCAGAAGUAUGGCUACUACCACUGUAAAGACUGCAACAUUCGCUGGGAAAGCGCCUAUGUUUGGUGUGUUCAGGGCACCAAUAAGGUGUACUUCAAACAGUUCUGUAGGACAUGUCAGAAAUCGUUUAAUCCAUAUCGAGUGGAAGACAUUAUGUGCCAAAGCUGCAAACAAACCCGAUGUGUGUGUCCUGUGAAGCAGCGUCACGUAGACCCGAAGAGGCCCCAUCGCCAAGACUUGUGCGGGAGAUGCAAGGGCAAGAGGCUCUCGUGUGAUAGCACCUUCAGUUUCAAGUAUAUAAUUUGA